AUGUCGGGGGAUCGACAGGAUGUCUCCCCUAUCAUCGAACCUCGUACAACGGUGCUCAUCAGGAAGUACGGCUCCGGUCGGCUAGAACUAGUACUCGCCAACCUCUUAAAGAACUUGGACGAGAACGGGCGCGCGCAUAUGAUGGUCUCUCGUCUUCUCGAUCUCGCGCGCAGCAUGGCGCAGUGUAUUGACGCUGCACGAAUCAUGUUUCUGGUAGCAAUAGAGCUGAGCUUCCUCGUGAACGCAAAUCCUGUGGACGCUAGGCUUCAGGACAUGAAAACUACAGUCGUUCAUAUGUUUAGGGGUGUCAUGUCAAGCUUAUCCGAGGACGAUAACGACGAUACUCGGCAUGCCGCUUGGGGUAACGCUCUGCUACGCUUGAGCAACGAUUUACAGCGUUGGCAGGGUGGUAUGGGUACACAAUUAUGGUGGCAAUACUUGGUGGUACCUUCGCCACCUAGGCUCUCAAUUCCUCCCCGUAAUCCCGGAAUCCCAGACGCCGCUCCUUUGCCGGGGAUGAGCGUGGCACAACCAGUCUCCCCAGCUCCUAUGAUCGUCCCACCGGUUGGCGUAGCCGAGAGGAAGUCUUCGGAUGUACAAACGCCGGACCUCAGCCGCGUUUCCUCUCUUGGCGCACCUCCAGUGUUCGGUGCACCAUCCACCGCGAAAAAUCCGGAUCCCGCUCUUCCUCAUGCGAACGCUACGAGAGAGCUAGGCCUACAACAGUCUGCCGAUGCGUCUGUGCAGGUCUUGCCAGCUGCUGGCUUGCACCCGGCCGCCGCCGCAGCGUUGGGAGCUGAGCCAUCACCACUUGCGACGCCUCCCUCGGAACAGCCGGCCGCUUCUGAAGAAGGCAUGCCGACGGUUCAGCCUUCUCCCGACGCCUUCCCUCACUCCGAGACACUCCAGCCUCGCAUAGGACACAACUCGCAGCAUACCUCACGGCCUGACGUUUUCGAGGCUCCUAUGAACUUCAAUUCGGGUCGAGAGGAUCACGCCCUGACUGACGUUAUUAAUGGCGGAGCGACCGGCGCGAUCAAUCUCCAUGAUAGGGAGGAAGGCGCGAGUCCUGCGGAGAAGAAUGCAGGAAAAGAACGCGGAGGGACGAAGGGCAAGACCAAAAGUGGGGGAAGAGCGACAGGGAAAGCUACAGAUGGCGGGGCUGGAAAGGGGCGAGGUGCGGGAAAGGUUGCGGGAAGGGGUGCGAGUGCGAGUGCUGGAAGGGGCAAGGGCAGGGAAAAGGACGCUGGCGAAAGUGUCCGCUUAAUUGACAGGAGCGAUAUCAAGACCCGCCGUAAACAUGGCGGCUCUCGUGCUCGACCUCAUGAGGCCGGGAGCGAUAUGGAUAUUGACUCCGACGAACUUCCGCCCGGACAUUCCGAUCCGGGUGACUAUCUGACGGUCGAAGAAGCUCAAGAGAUUGCGGAACGCACUUGCCAGGAUUUUUUAACCCGUGCCUCCAAAUUCUUCAGCGUAUUCAAGACCGAUGGCCGCGAGGAGAAGGGGAAAGCUUUGGAGAAGGCAAAGGGCGGAAAGGCGAAGCGGAUAGAAAAAGGAAAAGGGAAGCGGAAUAACAAGGGCGAUGAUGACGACAAUGAAGCAGUCAAAGAGGAGGAGGACGAAGCAGUUGAAGAGGCGGAAGGAGACGUAGAUGACGAAGAUGAGAGUGAGGAUGGGGACGAGAACGAGGAUGAGGAUGAGGAAAUGCUCGUGUCCGCGGACGACGAGGACGAGGACGUGGAUGACGAUGACGAGAGCGAGGUCGACGGCGAGGACGACGGUGAGGGCGGUGGCGAGGACGAGGACGCCGAGGCCGACGAGGCCGACGAGGCCGAGGACGGCAGCGAGGGUGUUGUUCAGGACCGCGGCCAGGAUGGGUACGAUGAAGAGGAGGGGGGGAGAGAAGAUGAGGAGGAACGGGGCACAAACACCGCCUACGCGCCCAGCACGACCAAGAAGAAGGGUGGACGCAAGAAGAUAGUUGUCCAUGAUGAGGUCGAUGUAGAUGAGGAUAAGCCCCCUGUAGGUAAAGGGCGGGGAAAGGGAAAGAAGGCCACGGUGUCCACACAGCGCAAAGAGACGAAGGGUAGCAAAGUCUCUCCUUCCGGUCCCUCUUCAGCAGCCAAACAGAAGCCCUCCGCGCGCAAUGCUACCAAGGGACCUUCCGCAAGCCAGCCGAGCGAAGGAACUCCCAAAUCCUCUACCCGCAAGCGCGCUCAGCGCGACGCUCCAGAUGAGGAGCGGCCUACCAAGCGAUCAAACCGAAUCGCCCAGAAGUCGAAGUCGAUUACUGCCACGUCUGGACGCAGAUGA